GGGGGAAAGCGCCCCGAAGACUAAUGCAGAAAAUCAAUAAGAACGUGGUCCUGGCGCUCCUUUCUCUGACCAGCCUGGUUUUCCUCCUUUUCCAGUUGUACUAUUACAAGUUCUACCUAUCGCAGAAGAAUGGAGUGGUUUUUUCCAAAGUCAGAGGAAGCCAGUCAGGCCAGGACAGCACUAGAUGGCACGUAGUUAGGAAGUUUCUAGGCUUAAUAUCCAGUCACAAUAUACCAGUGUAUUUGAUCGAUCCUUUGAUUCUGGGACUGGUUAAUAAAGACAUUGAACAGAUCAGAAGUUCUCCUGAUGGCCCUAGUCCAGAAUGCAAGUACUUUUGUGCUCCAAGAGACUUUACUACAUUUGCUCUACUGGACAAAACUUGGAAACAUGAAGUGGGCCUUUUUAGAACUGCUGAGAAAAUGGGGUUCCAAUGGCUAAAGAUUAUAAAUAAGGACCCCCGCUUGGAUGGGAUGGAUGACCUGUCUGGUAUUGAAAUUCCCUUGCACUACAUAUUUAAACUGGCAUCUCAUGCCAUUCACCUGGUGGUCUUCUAUGAGAGGAGUGGCAAUUAUCUCUGGCAUGGUCCCCUGAGACUCAAGCAAUAUAUGGACAGAAAAUUUGUGCCUUUCCGGAAACUCCACUUUGGUCGCUACCCCGGAGCAUAUGAAAAGCCAGAACUUGUGCUUGUUUCCAUUGAUGACUUAAAAGUUCAAAUUCCAAAAAAUCCAUCCAGUUUUCUAGAGGAGAUGUCACACUCUAGAUUUCUCGAAUGUAGGUACAGAGAAGCCCGGGCAUUCUUUCAGCUGUAUCCUGAUGAUGCCUCUCUUGAUGCAGUGGAGUUCAGAAAAAAAGCAAAAUCAUUGCUCCAUCUGGCUGCCCUGACAUUGAAUAACUUAGGAGUAAAGUUCUGGCUGAGCAGUGGAACAUGUCUUGGCUGGUAUAGACAGUGCAGUGUUAUUCCUCACAGCAAAGAUGUGGAUUUGGGAAUCUUUAUAAGGGACUACAAAGCAGAUAUCAUUCCAGCUUUUCAGAAAGCAGGGUUAUGGCUGAAGCACAAAUUUGGCAAGGUAGAAGACAGCUUGGAACUCUCUUUCCAGGGAGAUGAUGAUGUGAAACUUGAUAUUUUUUUCUUUUAUGAAGAGGGUAACCACAUAUGGAAUGGAGGAACUCAGGCCAAGUCGGGGAAGAAAUUUAAGUAUCUCUUUCCAAAGUUUACUCUCUGUUGGACUGAGUUUGUAGAACUCAAAGUACACGUGCCCUGUGAAUCACUUCAGUAUGUUGAAGCCAACUAUGGUCCAGGCUGGAAGGUUCCUGUGAAGAUCUGGGACUGGAAGAGCUCACCAUCCAAUGUGCAAUACAAUGGUGUCUGGCCUGUUGAUGAAUGGGAUGAUGUUAUUCAAAUCUACUGACCACCUGACUACUAAUAGAGUGUGCCUGCUGUCCUUGAAAGUCAGUUUGUGAUUUCCUAUUUUCCAAAGGCAUCAAGAUCUGUUCCUUUUGUUAACUUCUGUUUAGUAAGGAGAUGUUUAUCUUUUUUUGCUUAACAGGUAUUUUGUCAUGCAUUUUCCAGGGAGUUAAAGGAAAAGAUUAAAGGCAGCUGAAGAGAAAGGAAGCUGAAAGAAAAGCUGCACAAAGGGAAGAGAGAAGAAAUAUUGCAGUAAACUUAUGGGUGGUUGACUAUUUAAAUGUAAACAGGGACCAGGUAGCUUAGGCUUUCCUGGGAUCAUCAAAACUUUGGGACUGUUUACUUCUCAGGCUUAACAGAGGUAUAGGAUGGAAGAAUCCCAGAGAAGUUCCUCUUUUUUUCAGGAGAUCCUGUGAAUAACUUUUAAACACCAGAGUUAUGAGUACCUCAAACGUGCUUGAUUUGAGACUGCUAUAUCCCUACAAGAUGCAACAGGUUGCUCCUGGGAGUGGAAUGUUUCUAUUACACAGAACGCAUGCAACCCACAUGUAGUUUCUAUUACACAGCACAUGCUUUACAUGUAGGAGGUAUUGGAUAACGGUGUAAUGUGGAAUGAAUGGAAGGAGAAACUAUACAUCCUACAUCUUCCAAUAACAGUUGGGGGUUUUUGUGAACCAACCACUACAGGCAGUUACGACAGGGAAUGUUACCUUUUUUUUUGUCUUUCUUUCUUUUCCUUUUAAAGAACAUGAAGGUGUAUGCCACAGGGAUGUCUUUCCCAUGAAAAAAUAAAUAUUAUGGUUUUGAUGUCUCAAUGUGUUCUCCACACACACACAAAAAGUUUUGACUAGAUCUUAGAAAAAUAGAACUAUCCCUGCUUUCUUAUAAGUAAAUAGAAAAGGGGGUAUUGAUAGUUUCUUUUUAACGUGGGCUCACAGAACAGAGAUCUCAGAAUCAUAUAUCUUUUCUCUAAGCGUAAGCAGAAGUGUGUACAAAUACCAACGUUCAGAUUUGCAGUAUGAUGAUUGUAAGUGAAGUGGUAGUGUAACAUUAGGCUUUGGCUGGGGAGACAGUGGAAGACUCGCAACUCUCUCCUGCUUUUGCUGGUGCUUUUGAUCAGUGAAAUAAGCUUUCUUCAGUAUUUUGGAGAGGGAUAAUAGCUUUCGUAUAAGCAUGUGUGUCCAAAUUUGAUCUAGUGUUGCUGUGCAAGGAAGGCAAGGGCACUAGAGCUGCUAGUGAGUUAUGACUGUAAUACAUGCUACAGACAGGAGUACUUGUGAACCAGUGUUGUUACUGAAUGAAGCUCAUGUUUUACUUGCAACAAACCUGUAUCCAUUCUUUCUUUGCUAAUGCAGAAAGGCUAUCUACAGGUCGCAGCUUUUCCACCUUUCACUGGGUAGAGGUAAAUUAACUCUGUGGUUUGCAUUCUGUUGAUCGGUGGUUUUCAGCUGUGUAUUCAAGUGUGUACAGUUCUGGAGAGAUGAAGUAGCUACUGCUUUGUGGUGGUUUUACUACUGCAUCAUUUCAGGUGCACUCUGGGGCUUCCCUGCUGUUUUCAUCCUGGGGGGCGCUGUAUGCUUUUUCCUGCCAAUCCUCUUAGUUUCAGUGGUCUCUUGCCACUGAAGCACUGAAGUAAAUUACUCAGCUUCUGGCAACAACUUGUCACACUGGCUCUUCAGUUGGUAUGGUACCUUUGUUAGCUUUGUCUAAUUAAGGAGAGAUGUAAAAUCCUGCUACUGCCAUUACGUCAUAAACACUACAUCAUAAGGGAGAGUUUCUCAGGUAGAAUUAUUUAUAUUUUUUCCUUCUAUAAGCCUGUUUUUCAAAUGUGAUAGGUGUUUAAGAGUGAAAGAAAAGAUACUCUCAGAAAAUUACCUGUCAAAUUUUUUACUUUGUAGAUGCAAAGACUAAUGAAAGGGAGGAUGUCUUUAGUUGAUUAUACCUUUAAGUUAUUCUUCAGGUGAAAAUAUUUUCUCUUCAGAAGAUACAAGUGUAUAUUUAACACUGAUUAAAAGAAUAAGAGUAAUUUGCAACUCAGGA